GUGCGUGCACGCGCGUGAGUUCCGUGAGCCACGCGCAGAGUCACCAAGAUGGCAGCUCGAGCGGAGCACGGGCUGAAGAAAGUAGUUUGGCAAAAGAUUAAAGACACUAUCAUUGCAGACUGUAGGAAGUCUGAGGUGUGGAAGAUCUUGAUUCUGGACCACUUCACCACCAAGCUCCUUUCAUCAUGUUGUAAAAUGCCUGAUCUGAUGUCAGAAGGCAUCACCAUUGUUGAGGACCUUUUUAAAAAGAGGGAGCCUGUUCUUGAAAUGAAGGCCAUUUACUUCAUGUCUCCAACAGAGAAGUGUGUUGAUGCUCUUAUUGGUGACUUCAAGGGAAAACCCAAGUACAAAGCUGCUUAUGUGUAUUUCACAGACUAUUGUUCAGAUGCACUGUUUAACAAAAUGAAGAUGCACUGUGCAAAGUCAAUUAGAGUCUGUAAGGAAAUAAACAUUUCAUUUCUGCCUAAAGAGUCUCAGGUAUUCACUUGUGACAAGCCGGGUGCCUUCAGAAGUAUUUACAGCAUCCACAGCCAGGAUAAGGAGAAGACCCUGGAGGCAUUAGCAGAUCAGAUUGUCACACUAUGUGCAACUCUGGAGGAGAACCCUGGAAUCAGAUACAGAGAGUCAAGUUUAGAUAAUGCUAAAAAGCUUGCUGAGCUUGUAGACAAGAAACUCGCCCAUCACUAUGAGAUUGAUCAAGGUCAGCCAAAAAAGUCAAAGACCCAGGCCCAGUUGCUGAUAGUUGAGAGAGGAUUUGAUCCAGCAACUCCAAUACUACAUGAGCUGACAUAUCAAGCCAUGGCCUAUGACCUCCUCCAAAUCACGAACGAUACUUAUAAGUACAAGGCGAAGGAUGGCUCUGAAAAGGAGGCGUUGCUAAACGAGGAUGAUGAGCUUUGGGUCAGACUUCGUCACAUGCAUAUUGCUGACGUGUCAGAACAAAUACCAAAGCUGGUGAAGGAAAUCUCUGCCAACAAGAAACAACAAGAUGGGAAAAAUGUCACAAUAAGCGGCUUGUCUCAGCUCAUGAGAAAGAUGCCUUCAUUCCGUAAACAACUUGAACAGAAAACUGUUCAUCUCAGUUUAACUGAGGACUGCAUGAACCAGUUCCAAAGUCAUGUGGAGAAGCUGUGCAAAGCAGAGCAGGACUUAGCUUUAGGAGCUGAUGCAGAGGGUCAGAAGGUCAAGGACCCAAUGAGGACUCUUCUUCCUGUGUUGUUACACCCUCAUUCGACCUAUGACAAGAUACGCGCCGUGCUGCUUUAUAUAUUCAGCCUUAAUGGGACAACUGAAGAGAACCUCAAUAAACUCAUUCAACACGUCAAGAUUGAGAAUGAAAGUGAAUUUAUUCGAAAUUGGAAGGAUCUUGGUGUUCCUAUCAUCUCAUCAGGGACCAGCUUCUUCCCGUUUCGCAAGUCAUCGCGGCGGGAACGAUCCCUCGAAGGCACCUACUGCCUCUCUCGAUGGACACCAGUCAUUAAAGAUGUGAUGGAGGAUGCCAUUGAAGGCAAGCUGGACACCAGAGAAUGGCCCCAUCAGUGUGAGGGUCCAUCUGCUUGGAAUGGGUCUGGAGCUGUGAGUGCCCGCCAGAAACACAAGCCCAGUGCCCUUGAUGAGCGAAGGAGUGGCUCCCGGCUCAUCGUCUUCAUCUUAGGUGGGGUCAGCUACUCUGAGAUGCGAUGCGCCUACCAAGUCACACAGGCCAUCAAGUCCUGCGAGGUCAUCAUCGGAUCUUCUCAUAUUCUAACCCCGACUGGGCUGUUAGAUGACAUCCAGGUCCUCAGCAAGGCUCCCAUGGAGAAAUUUGAAAUACUGGAUGAAAAGGUCACUGCUUGAAUACAUCACAGCAUAGAAAUGUAGAACUAAAGGGACUUUCUGCUUGCUUUUUCAAUGCGUUGACAUUGUUCCACCUUGUGAAUCACUGCCUUAAAAAUCUAAAAUUUGUUUUAAUUUAUAAUUCUCAUACUACUACUUUUUUU